CAUAUAUAUGCAUGCGUACUUCGUUUUAUUUUUUUGCAAUGUUGCGCAAAAGCUACUUGUCAUUGUCCGACAUAUGAAUAAUGAUUCUUCGCGGACAAUGUCCAAAGAGAGGAUAUAAAAAGUUUAUAUUAUGCUACGAGUUAACUCUGUACACAUGAUUUGACAGAAUAAAUAACUCAAUGUAUUUCUUUUCUUUGAAAAAUUAAGAACAUAAUUAGUUAUUACAUUUAUAUACAAUUCUUUUUAAUAAAAACUAUACAAAUACUUUUUUUUUACUCAAUGUAGAAUUUUUUUACACUUGUAAAAGUAAUAAUUCAUUCAAAAGUGUUGUGAUUCAACAUAUUAUAAUACAACCUAUAUAACAAAAACUAAAGAUAAAGGACAUCAAGAAACAAAGUGAUAUUAAAUAAUGUCUUAAUAAUAUUUUAUUAUCAAAGAGAAAGAAAAGUCAAAAUGUAUUAAUUUGACAUCAUAUUAACUAAUUACAAAAUGACCAACAAAUUUAAUUAAUAUAAUAUAAAAUUGCCAUUACUUCGACUUUUCUGUUCUCCUUGGGUUAAUAACAUUUUUAUUGUCAAUAAGAUAUCAUUGAAACAUUAUUUGACGUUAUCUUGUUUACUAGGAUCCUAUACAUUCUAAGGAUUUUUGCAGGACGUUUCUUGAAUAAAAGAAUGGCAGGUUCUAUAUAUAUAAUAGGAAUACUGCUGUUGGGAGGGACAACAGCUUGGACCAUUGAUAUUAUACAAGAUAUAACUAUACAUAUGAAUGAAGUAAUCUCAGUCCCAUUUACCAUAUAUAAAAAUGUCAGUUUAUCUUAUCCACAAUGGGUUGUGAGUGCAGAUCAAAAUAUUGCAAUACCAAGUUUUGAAGUGACAAUGUCAAACGAAACUUUGAUCAAUGGUAUUUUAAAUAUCACUGGUGUAUUUCUUGGUAGAACAAAAUUAACAUUUACUCGAACAGAAAUGGAUGAAGACAGCCAGGAAGUAUCUCUUAUAACUGUAAUACGACAGGAACGCACAAUAGAUUCUAUAUUUACUGCCAGUGUAGCAAUACUUGUAUCUAUUUUAUAUAUUAAUUUUGGCUGCGCCAUGGAUUGGAGCAUAUGCCGCAAUGCAUUAAGAAGGCCAAUAGGACCAGGCAUAGGUUUCUUCUGUCAAUUUUUAAUCAUGCCAUUGUUAAGUUUUCUCAUUGGAUAUCUUUUAUUUCCUGAUCGUCCUGAACUGCAAAUAGGCAUGUUCUUCACAGGGAUAAGUCCAAGCGGUGGCGCUUCCAAUAUGUGGACACUAUUACUUGAUGGUAAUCUAAAUCUUUCAAUUACAAUGACCACUAUAUGUACCAUUGCUGCAUUUGGAAUGAUGCCAUUUUGGGUCUUUACAUUGGGUAGAUAUAUUUUUGCACAGGGAAAAAUCGCAGUUCCCUAUCGUCAUAUAGGCACUUUUGUAGUUGGUCUCAUAAUUCCACUAGCCAUAGGAUUUUUAAUUAAAAAAAAACUUCCAAGGGUAUCAAAGAUAUUAGUCCGAAUAAUGAAGCCUUGCUCUGUAGUCUUAAUUUUAUUCAUCAUUAUAUUUGCUAUCACAACUAAUCUAUAUUUGUUCAAACUGUUUUCAUGGGAGAUCAUAAUCGCAGGAAUAGGCUUACCUUGGUUGGGCUUUACAUUUGGUUUCGUAGUAGCAUAUAUUUGUAAACAGUCUCAACCUGAUAUACGGGCGAUUGCCAUUGAAACUGGUAUUCAGAACACAGGUGUAGCUAUUUUUUUGUUACGAUUUACAUUGAAACCACCCGCUGACGAUCUAACUACUGUGGUUCCUGUGUCCGCUGCAAUGAUGACACCAAUACCAUUAGCAAUUUUAUUUAUAAUAAAAUUGAUUUAUCAAUACAGGCAAAAGGAAAAAGUGGAAAUGACACUACAUUCUGUUCCGUCUUUAGAAAAGCUUCAACAAACUGCAGAUAUUUCAACCAUCACUCAAUUAAAUGACUCUAGAUUGAUUGAUCGUGCAGAAUAA